AUGGAGACGCUUUCGGAGAGGCUUCCUGUGUACCUCCACUGGGCACCACUGUUCAUCCUCGCUCUAACUUUCAUUUACUACAUCAUAGGAGUUAUCAAAGCCAUCAAAUCCCCUCUCUCACGGCUCCCCGGGCCAUGGUAUGCACCUCUCACAACAUUACGUCUUAACUAUGCGUUCGCAAGAGGAACGAUAUGGAAAGCCGUCGAGAAGUCCCACACACAAUACGGCCCUAUCUUCCGCCUGGGACCGCGACAGGUGUGGAUUUCAGAUAAAGAAGCCAUCAAGGCCAUUCUUAUGACAGUUGAUCUGCCGAAAGUCACCAUGUAUGCAGAAAUAUCGAGAGAUCGGACCAGUCCUGGAUUAUUUGGGGAGAUUCGACCAGAUCCACAUAAGCGACUUAAGAAGUUUCUGUCUCCAGCAUUCACGAUUGCGUAUGUUGAUGGUCUCGAGUUUCUGUUCUCAAAAUGUGUGGGUGACCUGAUCAAUCGAUAUGUGGAUCUGAUGUCAUGCCCCUCGCCAAAGGGCGAGAAAGCGCCGGUAGUUACGGACCUGAUGGAAGAUUUGCAUAGUCUUGCCCUUGACAUAAUGGGAGAAUGCUCCUUUGGGAACGGAUUCGGCCAGACGAACAAAAACAGGAAACUGGAACUUGAAUUUGAUGAGGACGUAUGGCGAACAAUCCCAACAGCCAUCUUCAGAGGGAUGACUCGGCGAUACCAGUUUGUUUACAUUAAGCGCCUUCUGAGGAGACUCGGCCUAAACGUCGAAUUUGACUGGCCACGAGAGAUGAUUGCUGCCAUUUCCGCAGUCGCAAGUCAUCGAAAAGCAACCCCCAAGAGUGUCCGCCCCGACCUUUUGCAACACCUUCUCGAGAACGGCGAAAGACCAGAUAGCGGCGUCAAAAUGGGCACUAGGGAAGUUGUCGACCAGAUGGCCGAGAUUCUACUAGCUGGGUCCGAAACCACGUCUGGAACAAUCGCCUGCUUUUUCCUAGAGAUACUACGGAACCCAGAAAUAAAAGAUAAGCUGAUGAAAAGCCUACCGAUCCUUCAUCCAAGUGAUCCGAUUAUCCCCAGCAAGACAGUCCGAACGUCUCCUGAAUAUGAGUACCUCGAAGCAUGCAUCAAAGAGGUGCUCCGACUACAUCCGAUAGCGUCUGAGAUGGGUCGUCGGACUGGAAAGACGCCGAUUGAGCUGAUGGGUUUUCAUCUCCCUGCUCACACGAUUGUGUCUGCAUCUUAUCGCCAGCUUCACCGAGAUCCGAAAUACUGGGUUGAGCCCCUGCGUUUUUGGCCUGAGAGGUGGCUGGAUCCUCGGCCUUCUGAUGUACCUGCACCUGACAUGCAAGCUUACUAUCCAUUUUCUGCUGGAAAACACUCAUGCAUUGGCAAGAACUUCGCCAUGGCAGAAAUCAGAAUGUUAACCGCCAAUAUCUUUUCACGAUUUGACCUGGCCGAGGUGCCCGGACAGAAUAUCGACUACAGACAAUAUAUCACAAUGCAGUUCGAGAAAGGAUCAUGGAAGGCUUUCCUGACGCCAAGAUACCAGCUUUCUCAUCCAGUCUCGGCCACUAUAGCUUGA